AGAUGCCCUAAGCCCUAAACCCUCGUAAUUCCAAAACGACAUCGACUUGUCAGUCAAUAUAAGCGUCCUUGACCUUCCUUCCUUCAUUGUUCCUGAACUUGGCAAAGCCUUGGCAGAAGAAGAAGAAGAAGAUGAGCAGUGAAGUGAAGAAAAACCCAAAGCAAUUUCAGCUAAACCCAAACUGGGCUCAACUCCAACAAAAACUGAAGUCUGCUAAGCCUUCCAGGCACCCCCAAAUCCCACGAUCAGAAACCCCAAAUUCCAUAUUAGGGAAGCGUAAGGAGAGGCCUACUCCAGAGUGUGACGAUGCUAAGCCUAAUCCUUUACUCCCAACAAAUGAUGAUUCCAGUUUGACAGAUGUGCUAGCUAUGGAUUGUGAGAUGGUUGGAGUUGGUCAGGGAAACAAAAGUGCUCUUGGACGAGUUUCACUGGUAAAUAAAUGGGGAAAUGUCAUAUAUGACGAGUUUGUGCGGCCUAUAGAACGUGUUGUUGACUUCCGCACACGAAUUAGUGGCAUUCGACCUCGAGACUUGAAGAAAGCAAAGGAUUUUCGGGCUGUUCAGAAUAAAGUGGCAGAGUUGAUCAAGGGAAGGAUUCUUGUGGGUCAUGCCUUGCACAAUGACCUUAAGGCAUUACUACUAGCACAUCCUAAGAAGGACCUGCGGGAUACCUCAGAGUAUCAACCCUUUCUAAAAGAAGGAAGAAGAAAGGCACUUCGGCAUCUUGCAGCGGAGGUUCUAGGUGUUGAGAUCCAGAAUGGGGAGCACUGCCCUAUAGACGAUGCUCGCGCUGCAAUGCUUCUUUACCAUAAAAACAGAAAGGAAUGGGAGAAGAGUGUUAAGGAACAAAUAAGGCUCAAAGAAAAGCAGAAGAAACGCAAGCAUAGAAAGAAACCAAAGUCAGACUGCAACCAUGCUCCAACUGCAUCUUAGUGGCGGCUACUUGCUUAAUUGUUGUACUUCAUAUUCUGGAAUCUUACAGUAGGAUCACCUUAAUAGGGAUUUAAGAGUUCUUUCCGAAAGCUGGACUGGAAGAGACAAGGAUGCAGCACUGGACAGUUUUAUUGCACCUACCGUAGGGGUAAGCAACAGAUGGCUAACCUCUUCAGCUACUGACCCCAUGCCAAAAGAACAUAAUCAACUUUGUUCUCAUGAUGAGAAGAACUUGUUUAGGUUUCCAUUCCAUUGAUUUACAAGUAUCAGAAACAUUGCUUUUUCUUUCCUUCCCCUCCCCCUCUCCACCCCCCCUCUUGUAUCAUUAUUU